AUGGUCAUUUUUAAGGAAUUUUUUGUUUUGGAAUUCUUCAAAUAAAAGAAAUAAUUCAAUAAGCUCCUCAAAACCCCCUUACACAAUUAUCAUUGCACAAAUACCAUGAAGCCCCAAAUUUAAAGAAGCAUUAAGAAAAAGAUAAGAAAACACAUUAUACACAUGAUCAUAUUAUAUGAGAAAAAUCUUAGUUCCCCUCACAACACAAAUCAAUAUCUCCUAACAAAGCAUCCAAGUUUAGAAACAAGUCCAGAAACAGAAGUGAAAGAACCUGGGAGUAUGUUAUCAUUCUUAUUAAACGAAGAAAGACCCUAAAUAAACUCUUCUUAUUCUAUAAUCUCUAAAUCAGAAUAAAUUGUAACAAAUUGAAACGAGCUCUUGUAAAUGAAUAGUGAUUUGCUCAAUCAUAAGACUCAAUAUUUAUAUGUAUUUCAUUGCAUUUAGAGAUAAUUUUAAUUUUUAUUUCUCACACAGUUUAUAAUUCAUAAAUUCCAAGCACAAGAAUCAAUGCAUAUAUUAAAUUGCAAAUUAAAAGUUUGAAAUUUAGGAAGUCGGAAACAACCAGAAUAAUAUUACUCUCGAAAGUAUUACACAAAUUAGUAAUAUUGACUUGUAUAGAAUAACUUCUAAAUUUUCAGCCAAAAAUAAAAAGAAACUAAUUAUAAAAUUAAUUAUAUGAAGUUUUUGAAUUUAUAUAUAUAGUCUCAAUUGAAUCACUCAGUUAAUGUCUUAA